UCUUCUGUAAUCAUCUCUUCCACAGUCGAGCUUGGUCACUCCACCAUCCCAACUACUAAUCUUUUCUUAAUUUCAUUGUUUCCACAUCACUCAAUAUGGCUUCUAAAGCGUUAUUGUUAUUUGUUAUGCUCACCUUUCUAUUGGUAAUUGAAAUGGAAGGGAGGAUACUUCGGGUGAAUUCAAAGACUAAAGAUGGUGAGAGCAACGAUCUUUUGAAACGGUUAGGUUACAAUGUUUCUGAACUAAAGCGUAUUGGCCGAGAGCUUUCCGUCCAAAACGAAGUAGAUAGGUUUUCUCCAGGAGGGCCUGACCCUCAACAUCACUCUUAUCCUCUGUCUUCAAAACCUAGAAUUUGACUAGAGUUUGUGUUGCUCCCUUGCCAAGUAUUAUUAUUUCAUGUUAAAUAUUGUAGACUUCUGAAGUCAAUGUGAUGUUUGAAAAAUCGUAUAAGCUGUAAGAUUGAGGUUCUCCUGAAGUGUACUUGUAAUUAAAUUCAAUGACUUGAGCCAAUA